CUGCAGGUGAUGCUGGUUGGCGACUCUGGGGUUGGCAAAACCUGCCUGCUAGUGCGGUUUAAAGACGGCGCUUUCCUGGCCGGCAGCUUCAUCUCCACGGUUGGAAUUGACUUCAGGAAUAAAGUCCUGAACGUGGAUGGUGUGAAAGUGAAGCUGCAGAUCUGGGACACAGCUGGGCAAGAGCGGUUUCGCAGCGUCACCCACGCCUACUACCGAGAUGCCCACGCCCUGCUGCUUUUGUACGAUGUCGCAAACAAAGCCUCCUUCGACAACAUCCAGGCAUGGCUGACGGAGAUCCAUGAGUACGCGCAGCAGGACGUCGUCCUCAUGUUGCUGGGGAAUAAGGCGGACUCCACCCAGGACAGAGUGGUGAAGAGGGAAGAUGGAGAGAAGCUGGCCAAGGAGUACGGCGUGCCCUUCAUGGAGACCAGCGCAAAGAGCGGCCUCAAUGUCGACUUGGCCUUCACAGCCAUUGCCAAGGAGCUGAAGCACCGGUCCAUGAAGCUGCCCAACGAGCCCAAGUUCAAGCUCCAUGACUACGUGAAGAAGGAAGUGAGAGGCACCGGCUGCUGCAAAUCCUAACAUGCAGGCGUUGGCGCCUGGGGCGCUUGUACAGAGACUCGCGUUCGUGUGCCGUCCCCCUCCUCGUGGCCAGUAUGUGCAUGUCUGUCCGUUGUGUCUGUAUGCGCGCACAGGGGAGCUGAGACGUGUGGGACAAGGAGCAGCAGGAAAGGCUCUCGCUGGGCCAGCGCGGUCCGGCCACCACAUACCAGAGACCCCACUGCAGCCACGUUCCUGUGCUCGCUUGGUCAGGUGUAAAACCUUGGCGGGCUCCGGCCAGGGAAACGAACCUUUCCUUCCCGCUUCGGUCUUCGCUGGGCUGUCUGGUCUGGAGCCGUGGGCUCUGGGGAGGGUUUGGCACAGGCAGAGAGGGAGGUGGUAGCGGUCUGAGCACACCCUGCAGCGUCAUCACGAUGGCUCUUGACGUCUCCUCCCCCCGUGGCCUUAGGCAAGCCGCUCCACUGCUCUGUGCCUCAGUUUCCCCACCUGUAAAAUGGGUGCGGUGAUACUUGCCCCGCAGGGGGUGCCAUGGAGUCAAGGGCCGUGUCAAGUGCUAUUCUUACGUGACUAUGGGGAAACUCGUUGGGUUUCAGAGCCAGAAGGGCAGCCCCGCUCAGUGACGUCUUCCCUCCCGAUCUGAAACACUGCUUUCCAAACUCUCCAGCCUGGGGCACGGUGGCUGUCGGCUGCGCACGCCGGAAAGCUUUCCGUCCUUGAGGCUGGUAUUUUUGUAGUCGCUCCCCUUGCUCCAUCCGUCGGGACUGUCCCUUCCUCGGCGCAGGUUCUCCUUCUUCCGGCAAGGGACAAGAGCUUAGAUGUCCGUUUCUGUGUAUGCCCCCAUUGUACAGAGGAGCCGUGACCAUUUCCAUGUUUGAUAAAGGCUGUGGCUCCCCCUUCUUGCCGUUUCUAGUAUUUUGAUUGAGGAAAACCCCGAUGUGCUGCCGCUUUUUCUAGGUAUCUUCACAUAGGUGUGCUCGCGUUCGCAGACCGUACCCGCGCUUCGGUUUCUUUCCCACUCUGGGGGCAGAUCUUUCCGCUUAAGACCACCGCAGGUCUCAGUAGACCUGUGUAGCUUUGCUGUCAUUAGCUGCACAGGUCUGCUGAGAGCCCCAUGCCAGCGCCAUGCACUGAAAUCCUCCUUCAUCCCCCCUCUCCCCCAGGUCUUUGGCAGUGCUUUUUUCUAAUUUUUAUUGCACCUCUAAAUGAAUGCAUCUCUGUUGGGCUGAGGCUGAUUCUGAGCAGAGGUUUGCAAAGUUCGUGGCCCUGACCCCGGGCACCCGAUGCAGUGAAUCUCCCUUUUGCAAUCCAUCUGAGGCUCAAAGCUCCUCCAGCCAAAAGCAGGUGGGGGGUUUCUUAGCACCCAGUUCAGACCGGCCCGCCCCUUGUCGCAUUAAGGUUUGAUUCAGGCCGACGGGGGCUGAGUCCACGAGGCCCAGCCAGCGAAGCAGCGAGUGGUCCUGGGCCCCAAAGGAGAGAUUUGCUUUUUUAAAGGGAUGGACGGACGCCCUGCGCAGGGAGCCCGAUACACAGAGUAGCAGCCUGAAAGCAAGUUAGAGUCCUUGCAACAAACGCUGUGACCGGGACCAGGCAAAAUGCCCUGGAAAUUUUAUAUUUUGGAUGCUGGGGAGGAAAAGAAUAACUUUUUCUCCUUCAUUUCCUGUGACUUAGUUUCUCACCCAAAAGCAUGAAACUGAAAGCAGAAAAAAAUCUCUUUUUGCGGAACCCAAGCAGCGAACUUUUAGCAAAACCACCCUUUUUGUAAUCAGAGUGCGGGGUCCAAUAAUGUUUGGUCAAUUGACUAGUCAAAAUUGUAAAAAAAAAAAAAAGCGCCAAAUGGUCCAAAUAAUACACAGAAAAAAGCAUUAGGUUUUCCACCAAGAUGUGUCAAAAAACAAUUUAAAAAAAAUCAUAUUUCUGUCAAGAAAA